CCCUGAACAGCCUUCCUGGGAAGAUGCCACCACUCCUGGUCCUGCUGACCUUUCUUCUGCCCCUUGGAGCUAGAUCAGAGGAGAUCAUCGGGGGCCACGAGGUCAAACCCCACUCCCGCCCCUACAUGGCAUUCGUUCGGUUUCUGGUGGAGGAGAGAAAGAAGAGAUGUGGUGGCCUCUUGGUUCAAGACAACUUUGUGCUGACAGCUGCUCACUGCUGUGGAAGGUUAAUGAAUGUCACCCUGGGGGCCCACAAUAUCACGGAAGGGGAGAAGACCCAGCAGGUCAUCCCUGUGGCAAAAGCCAUUCCCCAUCCAGACUAUAACCCCCAGGACUUCUCCAAUGACAUCAUGCUGCUAAAGCUGAAGAGAAAAGCCAGAAGGACUAAAGCUGUACAUCCUCUCAAGCUGCCCACAGGCAAGGCCUGGGUGAAGCCAGGAGAAAUGUGCCAUGAGGCUGGCUGGGGGAUGACAGCCCCAGAGGGCGCUUUAGCAACUACUCUACAGGAAGUAGAGCUGACAGUGCAGAAAGACCUAGAAUGCAAAUUGAGCUUCCACAACUAUAACAAGACUAUAGAGAUUUGUGUGGGAGAUCCAAACGGAACAAAGGCUGGCUCCAAGGGUGACUCUGGAGGACCCCUGGUGUGUAGCAACAGAGUUUAUGGAAUUUUUUCCUAUGGAAAAAUAAGUGGAUCCCCUCCAGGAGUCUUCACUAAGGUCUCUCACUUCCUGCCCUGGUUAAAGAGAAACAUGAAGGCCUCCUGA